AUGUCAUACAAAUCAUUGAACCUCAGGUUCAGCACAAUCUUGGCAAGUGCGAUAAAGAGUGAUCGCCAAGAUGUAAUCGACUACAUGUUUCUACAAAGCAAAUCGGAGGGUAGACUCUUUGAUAUAGAUUUUGGUGCAGGAUUCAUGGCGGCUGCCACAACAGGUAGAGUCGAGCUUGUCAACAAGAUUUUGGAUACUUGCAUAGCUUCAUCAUCAGAUAUCUAUGUAUAUACAGAAUAUGACGCCCAUAUCAACAAGUCAACAUUCUGGUGCCGAAUAAGACCUGAGAUCGGUCUGAUGCUGGCCCAACACAUUCAAAGCAGUUUGGUAACCUUUAGGAAAGAUGGCCUAUUCGAUUUGUUGGCUUCCGUUGGACAAGACAAUAGUUUGAUGACAGAGGAGGUGUUCAUUGAAUGUGGCAAUGCAAUUUUGAAUACCACCGAUGACAACUUAAUCGUGGAACUCAUUCAAUUGGCAGCGUCCCUCUCACUUUAUCAUCUCAAGUUGCUGCAUCAACACAUUCUCAUUAUUGAUGAGUUAGAUAUGAUUGACUAUUCAAUAGCGAUAUUCAAUUGCAAAUCAAUCAAGGAUAGCGAAUGUAUUCAAUAUAUGAUCGAUGUGGCUGGCAGUGCAAGUAUCCAGUUUGCGAAUAGCUUCUCCGACCUAACAUUCGGCAACGUCAAUAACCUACGUAUUCUCAUUGAUAAUGGAUACAUAGAUGUGCGUCGAAACCAUGCACUACUUCUUCAGGUGGUUGAGCUAGCAUGUAGCAAAGGACAGGCCGACAUUGUACAGUACAUUCUUCAAGGAAUCAAGACAAAUGGCCACUGGACAUUUGCCCCUUCACUCGAUGCAAUAUUGUUGGCUGCCAGAGAGAACCACGUCAAUGUCCUGACAGUACUCUUUGGCGACCUCUCUUCCCCUCUCAGGACAAUAAUGGAGCAAGUACAUCUCAUUCGACUACUCAAGCUAAUUUCGAACGAAGCCUAUACCCACGGUGGACUCUUGAAGGUUGUCAGCUUGUGUGAUGUCAUUCUUGGACAAAUCAGUGAUAAAUAA